AUGGCAUCCAUAGCGCUGCGGCGCGUGCGCCGCGAUCUGCGCGAAAUCAUGCGUGAGCCCUCUGAACUGUUCGCCGUCACUGCCUGCGAAGACAACAUGUUGGAAUGGCACGUCAAUUUCUUUUUCUCUGCCGACCAUAAGCUGCAUGAUACGGCCAUCCACGCCACUUUUACCUUUCCCCAAGACUUCCCCAUGAGGGCCCCAUCUGCUAGCUUCCACUCCACCCUCCGGUACAAGCACGGUGUCGAGAACAGCCAAGGCCGCCUCUGUCUCUCCAUUCUCUCAGACUACAACGAGAUCCACACCGAUUGGAGCAAAGACGUUGCCAGCUGGUCGCCCGCCUACACGAUGCGCUCUGUCCUGCUCAACAUCCACGCCUUCCUCUUUUACGACAGCGACCAUAGCCCCAGUGACCUCGAAAGCAUCCGGACCGCUGCACAGAAGGUGCAGUGUGCCUGUGGCCACUCUGGCACCAAUACAACAACAUGGCAGCCCCCAUGCAACGCGGAUAUCGACGUGCCGUCUUCACAAGAAGAGCGCAUCUCCGCCGGUGACGUCACGCCACCAAACGAGCUUGUCGCGCCCGCAGCAGGGACCAACUGCGCACUAGACCCAGCCGUGAGUGCAGACAAGCAGACCGACAUCACAGCUGCCAGCAACAGUGAUGAGGCAAGCGAUCUAGCGGACCAGCCCUCCAAGCCCGACCCAGCCCCACCGGUCACUUUCAGUUAUGCCGCCGCAGUCACCAAACAUUCGGGUGCAGCCAAGGCACCAGGACACGACACUUGUAACAAGAAGCACGUGGCACAGCGCCGCCACAUCGCUGCCCACCCCAACUUGGAUGUGAAUACGAUUGAUGGCCCAGUGUCGGGUGAGCAGCGCCAGCAGAUUCUUCGAGAUAUUUGCUGCUUUGCAACUCAGGAAAACGCCAGCCACCUGUUCGAGCCGGAUAACGACGCCAUCCUGGGUAUUGGCAUUCAUGUGAAGCGCAAUCGACACGGAGGCCUCAUGUCUGUGAGCACGCCCUGUGAGUAUAUCAGCUAUGAGGCCUGGCAGAUGGGCUUUCGCAAGAGCAUCUUUAAGGUGGAAAUGAACUACUUCCUGCCCCUCUACAUUAAUGAGGCCCACUACAAACGUGCCCGCCCCUUGAUCAACGCAACGCUGCUGCAGAUGGACAUGAAUGACGAUACAGAGCUGGGAGAGUUUGCGCGCAUGACGGUUCGCUCCACUAUCAGUGAGCGUCUCGUCAUGAAGAUUUUUGGCAUGCUCCUCUCUUCCACCGUGGCCGAGGCCUUCCGUGCCAGCGAGGACACGUCCCGCCGACAGAUGAACACGCGCACACGCCUCUCCGCUCGACUUAUCGAGGGGUAUUUGCAGAUCUGGCGCCUGCUGCACCGUCUCAUCGAGGAGCGACCUAGCAUUGCUGAGCGCAUUACGGCCCGAAUCCAGAGCUUUAUCUAUUGUGGCGAGCAAGCCCGCCACAAGAAGAGCGAGCCCAACCUGGGCGCACUGCUCAGUCUGCUGCCCUUCUCCAGCUGCUCAUGGGACAAGCUAUCACGCGCCUUUCUCGAGGAGUCCUUCAUCCGCAACGUGCGCUGGAUGGUCCAGAACGAGCCAGCACUGGCUUAUCCCGACGGUUGCUCCAUGGACGAGCGUCUCAGCAAGUCUUUUGAGCACACUGCUGUCUCGCGUAGUCUCAGUCUGUUUGCCAAGUAUAUGGCCGCAGUGGUGACGUCUCGCGGUGAGCUACAUGCGCAGCUACUCAGCAGUGACGCUCGCUUUGGUGUGCCGGCCGAAGCGCUGGUGGAGAGGAUCCUGCAGGCCAGCAAGGAGGCUGAGCGCAUGACCGAGUGGAACGAAUACCUGGUGGCCAUGGAUCACAUUCCGCUUCCGCCAGCACGCCUUCACGAAUGGCUGCAGGUCUCUCUCUCCACCUCACUGCAGCGUGGCUACCACUUUCAGGACCGUCGCAAGCAGCCUGGCGGCCCUGGUGCAAAUCGUGGUAGGCGCUACAACGGCCCUCGCCAGCGCCGCCAUGCUGGGCAACCAUAAUUCUAGGCUCAUCCACUUCGCAGAGUGUGCCAUCAGCUCUCGAGUCAUGCACACAGUAAAAGUUGUGCUGGCGGCUUGCUGUCGAUUUGCUGUCGAGUUGUCAAAGAAUUUGGUUGAUGUUCAUUGCCUGGAGUUGGUUGUGUAGGCUUUCGUUGGCAAGCCCCAGUCGUGUUGGACUUUAACCUGUUGUACA